CGGUGGGUGUGGCUUCAUCCCUGUGCUCUGGGAUUCGUGUGCGCAUGCGCGAGUGGCAAAAGUGCGUUUUAGAAUGAUUACCGGCGGAGGCCAUCGGAGAGACAGAUUAUACGGUUCUACACAACUGUUGUUUUAAUCCCCAGAGGAGAUUUACACAGGAGAAAACAUUGGCUUCGAACCCAGCAGCCAUAUUGUAUGGAAAAACGACAAGUGGACUCUGGUUUUCAGAAAAAAAAACGUACUUUUAUCCAGCAACGCUGACAGGACUUUUAAAGAGUUUAAAUUCGCCUUCAAGGCCACUGGCAGUGGGUUUCAUGUCGGUCAGCUAGCUUCGCCAGCUGGCUGAGAACAAGACGAGAGAGACCGAGGACAAAUUUCUCCAAUUGUUUUUGCUCAAUUCUUUGGAUCGGAGGAGUUCCUUGUACACGUUGAAAGAUGAAGGACCGAUUGGAACAACUGCGAGCGCAAUAACCAACACCAAACGUUUCCUGUAACCCGAUUGAGUUGGUGUGGAAUGACCUCGAGCGCUAUUCACACCAGACGUCCCAGGAAUCUGCUGAAUCUUGCUGAACUGCAACAGUUUUGUAAAGAAGAAUGGUCCAAAAUUCAUCCUCAUCGUUGUGCUCGUGUGAUCUGCAACUACAGAAAACAUUUGGCUGAGCUUAUUGCUGCCAAAGGAGGGUCAACCAGUUAUUAAAUCAAAGGGUUCACCUACUUUUUCCUCCCUGUCCUGUGAAUGGGAAAGAAACAUGGACAUGCAAUCAAGAUGACGAUGAAGUGGAGAUUGCUAUGGACAACGCCGCCUUCAUGGAUGAGUUUUUCUCCCAGAUUGAGGAAAUCAGGAACAGCAUCGACAAAAUUGACGAGAAUGUGGCUGUAGUCAAAAAGCUUUUCUCCGUCAUUCUCUCUGCUCCCACGUCAGAGCAGCAAACACAGGAUAACUUGGAGGCAAUCACCAAUGACAUCAAGAAAAUGGCAAACAACGCUAGAAACAAACUCAAGACUAUCGAGAGGAAUCUGGAGUCAGAAGAACAGGAGCGGGUGUCAGCUGACAUGCGGAUACGUAAAUCACAGCAUGCAGUGCUGUCGAGGAAGUUUGUGGAGGUCAUGACAAAGUAUAAUGAAGCCCAGGUGGACUUCAGGGAGCGGAGUAAAGGACGUAUUCAGAGACAGCUUGAGAUCACUGGGAAGGCGACAACGGAUGAAGAACUUGAGGAGAUGUUGGAGAGCGGCAAUGCUGCUGUGUUUACUGCAGGGAUUGUGGACUCUGGCAUUUCUAAACAAGCCCUGAGUGAAAUUGAAGCCCGGCACAAAGACAUUGUUCGCCUGGAAAGUAGCAUCAAGGAGCUGCACGACAUGUUUGUAGACAUAGCCAUGCUUGUGGAGAACCAGGGUGACAUAGUAGACAACAUAGAGCAGAACGUUUCCAAGUCAGAGGACCACAUCAUGGUUGCUAAAGAGCAGACCAAAAAGGCUCUAAGGUACCAGACCAAGGCACGCAAGGGUGGAAUGAUUGACCGGAUUGAGAGCAACAUGGACCAAUCGGUGGGUUUCGUGGAGCGAGCCGUUGCAGACACUAAGAAAGCGGCAAAGUUUCAGCAAGAGGCUCGACGCAGAUUGGCGCAUGUAGUGGUGAUUGUUCUGAUCUUGCUGGUCAUGCUAGCUCUCAUAAUCGGGUUGUCAGUGGGCCUGACGUACAGCUGACGAGAAGUUUGAGUAAUACGGUUGCUAAGGAAGACGAUCAUUAUUGGUGUCAUCUGUGCAGUGCUUGUUAUCAUCCUUCUCGCCAUCAUCCUCUCACAGACUCUAUAGCAGGACCACAGUCAUCAUGAUCAUCUUCAUUCCAUCCGUCACCCAUGUGCAAACCAAAGAAAAGACUUAAUAGCGCUCUGUACCGCAUGUACAUCUCAUUCAAUAUCGGGUUGAACAUCUGGAGGAACGAGAAAGUCGAGGAGGCGUGUGAUCGAGAGCAAUUUUGACCUUAAUUCUCUGAAUGUAAAGACGGUUUGUUCUGCCUCAAAUAAUGACCCAAGACUGAACCUGACAUGAGGCAGAAAAUCGGUGAAGGGCCACAAUGUAGUGCCACUCCAGUGUCACACAUUUCACCAUUCAGGUGUUGGAAAAUGGCUUUAAAUGCCCAACAGGUUAAGGAUCUGACCUUCUGCUCGAAGCACAUCACCCCCACCCCCUUUUAUUAUGACUGCUUUUCUUUUGAGCCUUUGACACAUUUCACAAUGUACUGGGAAUUUCAAGGUUCUUGGGAGUUUAAGCACUUUCAUGUUGUUGCUAUAAUUUAGCUCUGUUGUAAAUGUUACUUUAUUAUGAAUAGUCAGGUUAUACUUUUGUUUGUUGCCAACCUCGAGCCCUAAGUAUGCCUCCGUUCUUUCAUUGGAAAAUGCACAUAGAAAGUCCUGCGCUCAUCAUUGCAGAUAAGCAAACCAGCAUUAUGUUUAAAACAAAAAAAAACUUUUUAAUCAAAGAUUUUAUUGCGAAGGGCUAUAAAAGGCCGCAGGUAGUACCACCAGUGACCACUGUACCCAAAAUGUGUGUAAAUUUGUACUUGUUGCUAAUAAAGUUUCACCAACUCAAUGGAUACCAUUCAAAGCGGUUGUCUGGCUGGCGGCUUCUUAUAUGUAGUGCAUGAUUAUGGGCAAAUAAUUGCUAAAUAAAUAAAACACAGCAUCAAAUAUUCCUACCAUCCGACUUGAUCUAAAAGCCACUACAUAUUGUUUACAUACAUAUGGUUAAUAUUUUGUUAAUGCCAUACGUAACAGUAAAGUUACUGUGGGGCAACACAUCAAAGAUAUAAUGAAGUGUUAUUGUAAUGCAAAUUAAAGUUGUUUUCUAUGUAUGUCUGUUUGAGCUGGUGCUUUCUUGUAAUCCCCGUCUUAUCUGGGUCCUUGAUUGCCAUACGAAUCUUGUUUUAAAAGCAUUGGAAAUGUGAAGGAAGAGGUAAGUUCUUUUCCCCCUUACUGUGGUCAUUCUUUUUCCAGACACAGACACGCACACCUCUUUCCCUCGGUUCUCCUCAUCCCCACUCAGUGUGCCCCAUGCAUUGUGUCUUGACAAGGCGUGAAUAUUUAAAUGUCCGUGUCUACAGAAAAAGAUGAUGAUAACUUUGUGCUGCGCCAUCAUUGGAAUCGUGGUGUUCUCCUAUCUCUACAGCUUCUUCUCAUAAAAGGUAUCCUCCAUCAACAUUCAACAUGAUUAAUUAAAAAUAGUUUUUUUUUCUAAAAUAUACAAAUGUUUUUGUCUUUGUGUGGUGUUUGCUUCAAAGAGGAUUUCUCCAACUAAAACAAAGUUUCAUCACCCUGAUUGAAUUGAGUGAAUCCAAAAAUUUAAAAUGUAUCCCUGCCUGGUUCUGUACUCCCCCCCCCCCCCCCCCCCCCCCCCCUUUAUAUAUUGUUUGAGUUUUCAUUGUUUUAUUGCUGUGUGAAUCAGAAAGGUGUGAUCUUUUUGCCAAAUUGGUUUCUGGCAUACCGCACCACCCCCUGGUGGUAAUUUAAAGCAACUCAUCUUUUAAAAGCGUUAAACUGUCUGAAGUAUUUGCUAAGCGUUCCAAAAUUUGUGUCUGACAUUAACAUUGUCCUGUGUAGGAUUUAAAAAUCGGAUUACGAGCGUUCAGAUGACUAUUCGGGUAGAAGUAUGAUUUUAAGAAUUGUUUAUUGUCACAAAUAUGAUUUGUGCGUGCUUGCGUGUGUUCUGAAAAUGCGUGUCGUCAGGUUUUUUUUUUGUUUUUGUUUUGGUCUUGUGACGAACUCCCUGGCCGCCUGCCAACCCAGAAAAGCGUGUUACGUAAUAAACGAUAGCUGUGCGUUGUA